AUGCUCGAGACCGAAUGCACGACGCUCCCACCGGGUGUUACUGCCUUAGGUCAGCCAAUGGAUGUCAGCAUAAUGGGGACCUUCACAAACAAGACCGAAGACCUUUACGUAUAG